CCAUCGGGCUGCAUAUUUGAUGUAAUCCGAUUCGCAGUUUUCUUUCUAUUGGGAAAAUUGAACCCGUGCGAAACAAGUAACAAACGGUUGAGUUGGCGCGGCAAAAAAAAGCCGCACAGCAAAUGGAAAUUAACAGAAAGAGAAUGAGCCACUCGCGUGUUAAAAGCGCGUUCAUUAGACGCUCUUGAUAUAUAUAUAUAUAUAUAUAUAUCCAGUCCUAUCCGGUUAUCAUGGGUUUAAGGCCACGUUGGUGCUUUGCAUGCUACACUUGGCCGUAACGAAAAACGAAACAGCUGUUCUGUUCUGUUCUGUUCCCAUCUUAUAUGUCCGCCAUUAUCUGUUACCAUCUCAACUUUUUUCUAUCUUGAUCCAAAUCCUAAAUCAAGAUCCAAACAAUUCAUUAGUUUCUAAGAAAAUGUCGCAAGAUCACGGCGAAACAGAGAAGAAAUCAAAUGCCAACGCUGUCAAUGAUGAUGAUGGCGAUGAUGAUUCGGAGAGCCUCUACUCAUUGCUUUGGAUCACGAUCGGUUCGGUUCUAUUUCCGGAUCCGAAAACAAGGGAUGCCUCCUCGUCUUCUCUGCUUCAACGAAUAAGAAACUCGGUCGCUGACUAUGGUCCAAAACUUCGAGAAGCUUCUCGGAAAACUUCACGCGAUAUUCUCCAAUGGACUCGUCGUGGCAGCCCGCUUCGUGCACUGCUUGUCAUCACUAUAGGAACAAUAGUGAUUCUUACAAUAGUAGCUUUGGUUGUCUUCACGCUCUUCUUCGUAGCUGCAACAGCCAACGCAAUCAUAAUCUCUCUUUUGGUUUCACUUUCUGUUGCUGGUGGCUUCUUGUCUCUCUUCUUUCUCUCCUUGACCGCUACUUACAUCGGAGCCUUAUCCGUUGCUGCUUUCGUCAUCUCUACUGCUACAGUUUCAGCUGUUGUUUCCAUCUUAUUUGCCUCAGGUUGGAUUGGGUUCUUCUAUCUUGUGUGGUUGGGAGCAAGGGGAAGCCUGCGCUUGGCGAAGCAAGUGAUGAGGUUAGCCAUUUCAGGUAACAGUUUCAGUCUUCAUCAAGACAAAGAUCAAGAGGUUGUAAGCAUCGAAUCAUCCAGAGAGAAUCCUUCUCUUUAGUUUUUUUUUUUUUUUUAUAAUUACAAGUAUCUACAGAGUUUGUAGAUAAACCCCUAGUUUUGGUCAAGCGUAUUUGUUAAUGUCAGUUUAUAUAAAUGGGGUUAUUCACUGAGCCUGUUGCGAAGAAUAGUAGCAGAAAGGAAUCAUUGAAUCAUUUGCAUUCGGAUUUUGAAUCUGUGUAUGCAUAUAUUUGUGUUUCAUCUACUUAAGAAUGAUGCGUAUACAUAAGAAAAUAUCAACUCAGAUCUCUCUCAACAUUUCAGCUGCAACACACUCGAAGAGAACUUAGAAACCCUCUAAAACACGAAGAGGCUUUCAUUCCAAGAAAAAAUCAUCCAAACUUUGUGUGUAACUUACGAUCACGCCAAUUAUAUAACUUAUGAUCACACCACAUCAGCCUCGGGAAAUCAAUAAACCCCAGAAAACCAAAAAAAGAAAAAAAAAAAACAAACUCAUACAUUGAUCAUCCACUUUAUAAUCAAAUCAUCAAUGGAAC